AUGAGGGAAUUGGGAAAAUACUUCAUCCUUAAAUCCUCAUUCACUACUAAGUCUCUAAGCUUUGUUUGGUAUUUGGAGACAUGUUCGACAGUGGAUUCUUCGACAUCCCCUACAAACUUAGUGAAUUUUGGGAGUUUCCAGCCUCUUGGUAACUCCGUUUGUAACACAAAAUAUGGAAAUGGUGAGACAUACGUAGUCCUCUGGGAUCCAGUAUUCAUUCCAUUCCUAACAAUUAUUCGUUCGACAAUGGCUUCUAGGUUUUGUUCUCCAACCACUACUUCACAUCGAACUUACCUGACCAAUUGGUCGGCAUUCUUGUUUCGAUUUGCUAUUACUAUUGGGGGGUUGUUGUACUACCCUAAGUAUAGGAUCGACACGCUUAGGAGUCCGUGGAUCUUGUUCGAUUGUUUCAUCGGCCACCUCCUUGUACUGCACUGGUUCCUCAUGUGGUGGAGGCGUAGUUUGUCGAACUGGCACUCUAGGAGCACCGAUAAAAUCUCCUAUGCGAGUCAUUUGAGUUGCUAA